AUGUGCGCACAGAGGGACCCUUGCGAGUCUGGUAAGCGACAGCGGAAAAUUUCCUGCUUUUCACUUCGCGCUAACGGCGGUCUGCGCCGACUCAGCCUUGCCGCAUGCUAUUCACGACGCAUCAGACCGCCGCCGGUCUGGGAGCGCUGCUUUCUGCAGAACAUCGGCAAGUGCAGCUCGAAGGCUCCAGUGAUCGAGGAGGACCGGCAGACUGUGGUGCAGAUGCGAGAGGUGAGAUGA